AUGUUUAUUAUGGUUUCUGGUCCAGCAUUUCCAUCAGCAGCAGCUCUUUGGGGAAAAUGGAUACCGGCACGCUAUACCAUUGCUAUGUGGGCUUUCUUUGGUUUCUUUUGUUUAUAUGCAAUGCGAGUUAAUUUGUCUGUAGCUAUUGUCGCUAUGGUUA